CGCGCGGCUCCCCAAGGCUCGCAGGCGGAAGUGAGACGCCGGAAGCGGCCGUUGCCAUGGACUCUGAGGACGACUGGCUGGUGGAAUCCUUGCGCUUGUACGAGGAUUUCUAUGCAUUCGACCUCUCAGGAGCCACUCGAGUCCUUGAAUGGAUUGAUGACAAAGGAGUCUUUGUUGCUGGCUAUGAAAGCCUGAAAAAGAAUGAAAUUCUUCAUCUGAAAUUACCUCUCAGACUUUCUGUAAAGGAAAACAAGGGCUUAUUCCCAGAAAGAGAUUUCAAAGUGCGCCAUGGAGGAUUUUCAGACAGGUCUAUCUUUGAUCUAAAGCACGUGCCACAUACCAGAUUGCUGGUUACCAGUGGCCUUCCAGGUUGUUAUCUGCAGGUGUGGCAGGUUGCAGAGGACAGUGACGUCAUUAAAGCUGUCAGCACCAUUGCUGUGCAUGAGAAACAGGAGAGUCUCUGGCCUAGGGUGGCCGUCUUCUCCGCAGUGGCACCCGGAGUCCUCCAUGGGGCGAGGCUGUGCAGUCUGCAGGUCGUUGAUCUGGAGUCCCGGAAGACCACGUACACCUCAGAUGUCAGUGACAGUGAGGAGCUAAGUAGCCUGCAGGUCCUAGACGCAGACACCUUUGCCUUCUGCUGUGCUUUGGGCCGGCUGGGGCUUGUUGACACCCGCCAGAAGUGGGCACCGUUGGAGAAUCGCAGCCCUGGCCCUGGGUCUGGUGGAAAGAGAUGGUGUGCUGAAGUUGGGAGCUGGGGCCAGGGCCCUGGGGCCAGCAUUGCCAGCCUUGGCUCAGAUGGGCGUCUUUGUCUUCUUGACCCCCGGGAUCUCUGCCAUCCUGUGAGCUCAGUCCAGUGCCCAGUGUCCAUACCUAGCCCUGACCCAGAGCUGCUGCGAGUGACUUGGGCCCCAGGCCUGAAGAAUUGCUUGGCCAUCUCAGGUUUUGAUGGUACAGUCCAGGUCUAUGAUGCCACAUCUUGGGAUGGAACACGGAGCCAAGUAAAACCUCUCUUCACUCACAGAGGUCACAUCUUCCUAGAUGGAAACGGGAUGGACCCUGCUCCUUUGGUCACCACCCACACCUGGCAUCCCUGCAGACCAAGGACUUUGUUAUCAGCAACAAAUGAUGCCUCUCUGCAUGUGUGGGACUGGGUGGACCUUCGUGCCCCUCGCUGACACCAGCAUCUUUCCAUCCAGGCCUCUAGAAAGGGGAGGAGCUGCUGUAGUAGCAAGGGUGACUGCCAGUCCCUGUUACCAGCUGUGUGGCCUUGGGCAAGUCAACCAGCAUCACUUAGCCUCAGUUUCCUUAUCUGUAAAAUGAGGAUAGUAAGAACUACCUUGUAGUGAUAUUGCGAAGGUUAGAAGAAACGCAUGGCAUAAUUACUUGGUAGCUAUUGUUAGAUCUGGGAGUGUAAAAUGGCAGCGUUUUGUCCCUGUCUUCACACUAUCAUAGGGAGAAUCAAAAGAGCUAACAAAUAUAAACAUGCUUUGUGAAUUUUUUUAAAGAAAAAAAUGUAGAGGGGCCAAUAAACAUGAAAAUAAUCCCAGCCCUAGUAGCAAUUAAGGAAAUAGCAAAACAAGAUUUCUGCUCCUCUUGAGUGGUUCUCAUGGGAACACAGGUGCACUUUCCCACACUUGUCCCCACAGGUGGCUAGGUUCAAGAGACAUUUGCUUUUGGUGGCCCCACAAACAUUUCCUUUUGAGGGCCCAUAGUGAAUAUUAAAGUGUGCUGGACAUGGUGGCUCAUGCCUGUAAUCCCAGCACUUUCAGAGGCUGAGGUGGGCAGAUUGCUUGAGCUGAGCAGUUUGAGACCAGCCUGGGCAACAUAAAAAGAUCCCUUCCCUUAAAAAACAAAUUUGGCUGGGCAUGGUGGCUCAUGCCUGUAAUCCCAGCAAUGUAGGCAGCCAAGACAGGUGGAUCACUUGAGUCCAGGAGUUCGAGACCAGCCUGAGCAACAUGGCAAAACCCUGUCUCUACUAAAAAUACAAAAAUUAGCUGGGUGUGUUGGUGUGAGCCUGCAGUCCCAGCUAUUCAAGAGGCUGAGGUGGGAGGAUUGCCUGAGCCUGGUAGUUGGAGUUUGCAGUGAGCUGUGAUCAUGCCACUGUAUUCCAGCCUGGGCAACAGAGUGAGACCCUGUCAUACACACACACACAAAAUAGAUAAGCUUAAAUAAGUUGUUCACUCUGUCAGCAUCUAUUAGCCCUUCCAAUGUGCAACACUAAUUAUGUGCUAGAAAUACAUAAAUGAGAGGCUUCCUAAGGUGGUUGAAUUUCUUUUUCUUUUUUUUUUUUUUUUUUGUAGUAGAGAUGGAGUCUUGCUCUGUCACCCAGGCUUGAGUGCAGUGGCGUGAUCUCGGCUCACUGCAACCUCCACCUCCCAGGUUCAAGCAAUCCUCCUGCCUCAGCCUCCCAAGUAGCUGGGAUUACAGGCACGCACCACCAUGCCCAGGUAAUUUUUGUAUUUUUGGUACAGACGGAGUUUCACCAUGUUGGCCAGAAUGGUCUUGAUCUCUUGACCUUCUGAUCUACCAACCUCGGCCUCCCAAAGUGCUGGGAUUACAGGUGUGAGCCACCGCGCCCGGCCAGGGGAUUUCUCCUGUAUGAAUUUGCUGGUUAAGUGAUAAUUAACUGCAGUUAAAAUUCAGGUCAAGCAUGUGGCUCAUGCCUGUAAUCCCGGUACUUUGGGAUGCUGAGGUGGGAGGAUAGCUUGAGUCCAGGAGGAGUUCGAGAUCAGCCUGGGCAACAUGGUGAGCCCGUCUCUUAAAAAAAAAAAAAAAAAAAAAAAAAAAAAAGAUUUUUAUUUAAAAAACCUAAAUAAAUUCAGAUAGGAAUUUAAAGACAGACCAGGCACAGUGGCUCACGCCUGUAAUCCCAGCACUUUGUGGGCCAGGGUGGGUGGAUCACUUGAGGUAAGGAGUUCAAGACCAGCCUGGCCAACAUGGUGAAACCCCGUCUCUACGAAAAAUAUAAAAAUUAGACGGGCAUGGUGGUGGCACACCUGUAAUCCCCGCUACUCAGGAGGGUGAGGCAGGAGAAUUGCUUGAACCUGAGACGUAGAGGCUGCAGUGAACCGAGAUUGUGCCACUGCAUUCCAGCCUGGGUGACGGAGCGAGACUCCAUCUCAAAAAAAUAAAAUAAAGAUAAAAUCAUAAACACUCAUAAUUCAGUUAGACCUUUUUUCAAGGUAACUAAAGUUCAAACUUAGGGGAACAGGCUUUCCUGGGUGCCACCUUCUUCUCAAGUCCUGUGCUUUUCCACACCACAGAAUAGUAAACUGGGUGCACUGAGUGCCUGGCUCCCCUCUCAGACCUUGCCCAGUGCUGGCUUGUCUGAGUUUAGAAUCCCAGGGCUGACUUUGUUGGUGGAAUGCUAGCUCCCACUCAUUUCCCACCUGCACUGGAUGUUUUCUGAAUCUCCUUGAAGUCCGGGAGAUCUUCAUUCCAAAGCUCUUCACUUUUCUGCAGCAUUGUGACCCCAUCUGGCUGGGGAACUGGAAGUCCUGCUCAGAGAAACACAGGAGGGGACAUGGAGUUCUGAAAUUCACUUUCUGUUCCCAUGUCUGGAAGUGACGGGUGAAAUGAGAAUGAUGGCGCCUCUCAGUAAGGUCAGACAUUUCCCCCCUUUUACUCCUUUGAGGGUACAGGAUAAUGCACUUAUCUAUUUUCAUAAUAGUUAUAAUGAUGAUGAUAAUGAAAACUAACAUUUGCCAAGUGCUAAUACUGUGUAAGCAUCCUCCUAACAGCCCAGGGAGGUAGAAACCAUCACAAUGUCCACUGUCCAGAUGAGAAAAUGGAGGCUAAGGGUAUUUAAAGAGGUUGCCCAAGAACAACAAACCUUUUAAAUGGCAGACUGGUGCAUAUAAUCUACGCAGGGUUCACAUCUAUGGAACACUUUAUUUUAAAUUCUUUUACUAAUAUUAUUAUUUUUCAACUGAGUCUGGGUCUCACUGUGUCGCCCAGGGUGGAAUGCAGUGGCAUGAUCACAGCUCACUGCGGCCUCCAACUCCUGGGCUCAAGUGAUUCUCCUGCCCCAGCCUCACGAGUAGCUGGGACUACAGGCUUGCACCACAAUGCCUGGCUUAUAGGGCACUUUAGAUGGAAACAAAUGACUGGAUCUUUAACUCCUA